AUGAAGGUUCUUGAAGCCCUCGCUUGCGCAUCUGCGCUGCUGCCCCUCGCGACUGCGGACUGGCAGUUCAAGUCUCGUACAGACUUGGCUCCUCCCCGUCUGAACAUCACGAUUCCAGCGACUAAAGAUGUUGAAAAGGGAUAUCUGUUCAUCGCGCCUUUCCCAGGUCAAUUCCCCGAUCCAGAACAUCACGGUCCCCGUCAGGAGGCUCCCUACAUCUUCCGAGAUGAUGGUGAACUGGUAUGGUCUGGGUACACCUACUACUCGAUCUGGACGGCCAACUUCCAAGCGGCCAAAUGGAAGGGCCAGGAUGUGCUCUUCAGCUUUGAGGGUGAUCAUAACCCCGCCUAUGGCCACGGGCAUGGCCACGCCACCUUCCUGAACCAGAAUUACGAGACCAUUCGCGAACUACGGGCAGGCAACCAUAAGCUCAUGGAUAAGCACGAGUUCCAUGUCAUCAAUGAAAAGACUGGGUUGAUCCAGAUCUACCAGCCUAUCCCGACGGACUUGAGUCGAUGGGGCGGUAGUGCCGAGCAGCAGUGGAUUGUGAACGCGAUCAUCCAGGAGGCUGUCCUCCCUCUGAACCCAGGACAAGCAGGCUCCGGUUACAACUCGUCCGACGCCUGGGAUUAUUUCCAUAUAAACUCGGUGGACAAAGACGCUGCAGGUAACUAUCUCAUUUCUGCUCGUGAUGCGUGCGCUGUCCAUAAGAUCAACGGUACCACUGGGGAUAUCAUCUGGCGUCUGGGUGGUCUCAGGUCUGACUUUGAGCUGGGCCCGAACGUCGCGUUCUGCUUCCAGCAUCACGCCCGCUUUAUCUCACAGAGUGAAGACGAGGAGGUCAUCUCCCUCUUCGAUAACUCUGCCCAUGGCACUGAAAACCACCACGGCCACGAGGUUCACACCCACCCCUUCUCCCAGGGCAAGAUUAUCUCGGUGAACACGGCUAAGUGGACGGCCGAGAUCGUGCAGGCCUUCCAGCCCCCCGAUGGACUGCUUGCGAAGUCUCAGGGGAGCACACAAGUCCUCCCCAAUGGCAAUGCACUGGUCAACUGGGGCUCCGAGGGAGCUCUGACCGAGUUCAAGUCGGACGGCACCCCGAUUCUUCAUGCCUACAUGGAUUCUGGUCUUCUCGGAGAAGGAGUCGAGAACUACCGUGCCUUUAGGUACAACUGGACUGGCAUUCCCAACGAGGAGCCUGCGAUCGUGGCCGAAAAGACCCCCUCCGGUACUGCGGUCUAUGUAUCGUGGAAUGGGGAUACCGAGACGGCAAUCUGGCGAUUCUAUGCCAUCACCGACCAAUACGGAUCCCGCUCCUACCUGGGUGAGAGCAAGCGAACUGGCUUUGAGACCUCGUUCUUCUUCGCGGGUCGGACCUACACCCACGUGGCAGCUGAGGCGAUCUCGGUGCAUGGACGUGUUCUCCGGGCGACCCAAGGAGUCCGAGCUCAGGAACAGGUUCUGCCUCCCACCAAUUAUGUCGAUGCUGCGGCAGCUGCAGCCGCAAAGGGACGAUCCAUGUGGCGGCAGGUCGUCCUGCAGGCUUAG